AUGUCUAAUCAAUUAGUUACGGAAGAGUUAUCUCAAUUACAAAGAGAAAUACUUGCUAAAAAUCCACAAGAUGUUGUACAAUUCUGUGCAAAUUAUUUUAAUAAUAAAUUACAAAGUCAAAGAUCUAAUUUAUGGUCACAACAAUCAAAAGCUAAAGAAGCAGGUAUAGAUUUAUUUCCUUCAACUUCAAUAGUGGAUAAUCGAGAACCAAGUUUUAAAUCACCAUUUGGUGCUAAUGAUCCUCAUGGUAACAAAUCAGAAUCCACCACUUCAAAAAGUGGGGUAUUUAAAUCAAACUACAAUGUAAAUGAAACAGAACAAGCACCACCUACAAAAGAAAUUGACCCAGAUUCAAAAGUACCAAAAACUUUUAAUAUAAAUAGAAGAACAUCAGUUUCAGCCGAAGCAUUAAAUCCAGCAAAACUAAAAUCCGAAAGUUGGAAACCACCACAAAAUAAUUUAUCAACAACAGAAGAAGAAUCAUUAGCAAAUAGUUUACAAAAUAAUUUCUUAUUCAAACAAUUGGAUGAUUCUUCUAAAAAGACAGUUAUAUCAGCAUUACAAUCAAAAAAUUUCAAAAAAGAUUCUAUAAUUAUAAAACAAGGAGAUGAAGGUGAUUUUUUUUAUAUAAUAGAAUCAGGUAUUGUUGAUUUUUAUGUUAAUGAUUCAAAAGUAAAUUCAAGUGGUGAUGGUUCAUCAUUUGGUGAAUUGGCUCUAAUGUAUAAUUCUCCAAGAGCUGCUACUGCAAUUGCCGCUUCUGAUGUUACUGUAUGGGCAUUAGAUCGUUUAACUUUCCGUCGUAUUUUACUAGAAGGUACAUUUAAUAGAAGAUUAAUGUAUGAAGAUUUCCUAAAGGAUAUUGAGAUUUUAAAAUCACUUACAGAUCAAGAACGUUCAAAAUUAGCUGAUGCUUUAAGUACUGAAAUGUAUCAUAAUGGUGAUAAAAUAGUUGUUGAAGGUGAAAAGGGGGAAAAUUUUUACCUUAUUGAAAGUGGUAGUUGUCAAGUUUAUAAUGAAAAAUUAGGAGAAAUUAAAAAAUUAGGUAAAGGUGAUUAUUUUGGAGAAUUAGCAUUAAUUAAAGAAUUACCAAGACAAGCAACAGUACAAGCUUUGGAUAAUGUAAUAGUAGCAACAUUGGGGAAAUCUGGUUUUCAAAGAUUGUUAGGCCCAGUUGUUGAUGUAUUAAAAGAUAAAGAUCCAACAAAGGUUCAAGAUCCAACUAUUAUUAAUUAA